AUGGUUGCCGAUGAAUGCGAUGAUUUAUUACCUGAUAAAGUAGCCGCCAAAGAAUUUUAUGCGAAAUAUGAGCCGAAAGAAAUUUUGGGAAGGGGUAUCAGUUCAACUGUUCGAAAAUGUAUCGAAAAAGAAACUGGGAAAGAGUUUGCUGCCAAAAUUAUAGAUUUAAGUAAUGAAGGAAAUGAAACUGUCGAUGGUAAAACAACUCUAGAAGGAACAAUACAAGAAGUUAACAUUUUAAGAAUGGUUGCAGGUCAUCCUUACAUUGUGGAACUUCAUGAUGUUUUCGAAUCUAGUACCUUCAUUUUUCUAGUAUUUGAACUUUGUAGAAAUGGAGAAUUAUUUGAUUAUUUAACAUCUGUAGUUGCAUUAAGUGAAAAGAAGACCAGAUACAUUAUGAGGCAGAUUUUUGAAGCUCUUGAUCACAUACACAAAAAAAAUGUCGUUCAUAGAGAUUUAAAGCCUGAAAAUAUUUUACUGGAUGAUUGCAUGAAUGUUAAAAUUACUGACUUUGGCUUUGCUAAAGUUUUGAAGGAAAAUGAAAGAUUGGUUGAGUUAUGCGGGACUCCUGGGUACUUGGCUCCGGAAACAUUAAAAGCAAGCAUGUUUGAAGAUGCUCCAGGCUAUGGAAAAGAAGUAGACAUAUGGGCAUGCGGUGUCAUUAUGUUUACUUUGCUGGUUGGUUGUCCUCCAUUUUGGCAUAGAAAACAAAUGGUCAUGCUAAGAAAUAUAAUGGAAGGAAAAUAUUCUUUUUCAUCUCCAGAAUGGGCUGACAUAUCUGAGUCGCCCAAAGACCUAAUAAGACAAUUAUUAGUUGUUGAUCCUGAUAAAAGAAUCAGCAUUCAAGAUGCAUUAAGUCACCCAUUUUUCAAUGUCAUGUUAUUCGAUCAGGACAUUGCUCCAUUAAAAAAGAGUUUAUCAGCAUCUUCGAGAAGGAUCAGCAAAAUUUCACAAAUGGCAAAAGAACUCAAAGCUUCGUCGUUUAAUCCGAAAAAGAAAUUUCGUUUUGCAUUGCUAUGCGUUCAAGCUGUAAUUCGUUUGAAACGAAUGCAUUUAACACCGGAAUCGCUUUCACUCGAGAACGCCAUAUUGGAUCCCUAUCACAUUAAAUUACUGAGAAAGGUCAUCGAUGGUUGUGCUUUUAGAGUGUACGGUCAUUGGGUAAAAAAGGGAGAAGGUCAAAAUAGGGCUGCUUUAUUUGAAAAUUCACCGAAAACGGAAUUGAAACAACGUUACGUUUACAAUUUGAGUCGAUGA